CAAGCCUCUUGGUCUCUGCUAUGUUACUCAGAUUCAAAGUCGACCCUAUGUAGUAGUGUAACCGCCACCCGUACUAUCCAUCAGUAGCCUGCGGACCCCCGAACCUCCCCGCAUCCACCACACUUUCUGCGCGCGCCACAACUCUAGUCCGCAUCUUUGUUUACCCUCUCCACCCCACCCUUCCUUUUCCUUCUACGCAAAGCAACCCAAUCAACGACACCAAAAGCGAACAAGAAAAAAAAAUGUCAGACGAGGAUCUCGAGCAAAUCCGGCGCGCGCGCCUCCAGCAGUUGCAGCAGCAGCAAGGCGGGGCUGGCGGUUCAGGCUCAGAGCAAGACUCGCGAAAACAACAAGAAGACCAACGCUCCUCAAUCCUCUCUCAAAUCCUUCUCCCCGAAGCUGCCGACCGCCUCGGCCGCAUCCGACUUGUCAAAGAAUCCCGCGCUACAGAUAUCGAGAACCGGCUUAUUAUGCUCGCGCGAACGGGCCAGCUGCGCUCCAAAGUGACGGAGGAGCAGCUUAAAGAGAUCCUGGGGGCGGUGGCGGAGCAGCAGGAGAAGGAGGAGCAGAAGAUUGUAGUGGAGAGGAGGGGAGGCGGCUGGGAUGAUGAUGAUGAGUUGGAGGAGCUUAUGAAGGAGGUUUAGUGUGGAGAUGGUGGAGGGGGAGGGGUGCAUUGGGAUGGCGUUUUAUUUUCUAUCUUCUUGGGGG